AUGACAUCAACGAUCCCUGUUUAUCAACAACUACGACCAGAUGCCAAUUACACUUACAAGUUGAUCCAACUUCCAAGAAACAUCGUAUCACAUAUAAGCAACAGCAACCAGAACAGGAGUAGCAGUGGAUCCAUCUUAAAUGGGGCAACGACCCUCGACUUGAAAACGAAACCUAAAUUGAACUCGGUGGCGCUGUCAUUGCAUGGUGUUGAUGACGAUGGAGAGAAUGAUACGGUUGUGGUGUGUACUCGAGAUGCGACUUUUAAAUUACGACAAAAUAACCAUUCCAAUUGCGUCUUGCUUAUGAACCUGCGUCGUAUUCGCCAUUUUACGGAGUCGGAUAGUGGGAAUGGAGAUGCCAAUUGCGGUGGUGGUGAAGAUAGUCGAGCGGGAAAACAGGAUGAGCAUGAUGUGUUGAUGGGGUUUAGUCAAUGCAACUAUGUUUACGAAUUGACGCAGAUUGUGGGAUCCAUAUUGGACGUGGUUCCCGAAUACCACGACAGCAACAACAAAAACACUUCACGUGUACAGGUUGGCAGGAAGUACAUGACAAAGAACGAGUUGGCCGAGUUGAGUCCGUGUUCCCCAAUUGAAUUUGAAAAAAUAUACACCGAGUCAUGUCUUUGUGAAAUUGCAACAAGUGCAAACCAAAACUUCACCACGAGCAGCAGCAGCAGCAACGAUAAUGACAACGAUAACGACGAUUGCAAAUAUGUGUACAAGUUAUCAUCGGAUGUGGUUACGCAAAUCUUGCAUACGUUGAUCACGUUCCUCAUUAGUCAAUCUAAACACGAGUCUAGUUUCGCAAUACCGGAAUUGAAUUUGGUUGAUAAUGGGCACGUUUUUGCUGAGUGGCAGGUAUCUAUGAUUGAAGCUGUCAUUCACAAGUUCACCAUCGCCGACACCGAGACCACCAGCAACAGCACCAGCAACAGCAUCGGUGCAACUGAUGAUGAUCAACAGAAUACAAAUACACCAGAGAACUCUAAAGACUCUCGACAUUUACGAUUAAACAAUCAUGCCAUUACUAACUGGUUUGGUGUUCAAGAAUUGUCGAAAUUAGACCACGGUUGGCAAUCAGGCAUGACAACGGUGGCUGAUUUCCUAUUGAGUUGGAAAACCGCAUUACCAUCAUUCUACAACGUCCCCUUAGACAUUGCCCAACUAGGAGGUCACUACUAUACUACAACAUCAGCAACAUCAGCAACAUCCGCAUCAUCAGCAACAUCAGCAACAUCAUCAUCUUCUUCGUCCACGUCGUUGUUGAUCCACUACGUUGAUCAAUCUUCGUUAAGUCAAGACAUCCCUACGCGGUUCAAACAGUUGCUCCAGGUGCAACCUAGUUGGAAAUACAAUGAGUUUGUCGCUUGUCUACAACCCGUGUUGGAGUCGGGCAAAAAGGUUGAUUCGGUGAUUUUGAAAUACGGGAAAAAGAAACGUAUCAAAAGGGAUCAAUUCCUAGUAUGUGCGAGAUAA